CCUUAAUGACAUCGGUGCGCGCUAGCCAGGGCAGACGCGCGCCGCCCAUCGCGCCACAGGAUCGAGAAGAGCACGCCGUAAAGGGCAUGAAUGCCUGGUUUUUCGUCCUUGGUCGCUAGCGGACAGGUCAGCAUGGUAGAAUGUGUUAGACUGUGCCGCCCACGCUGGAAGUCGUGCACAGUUGUAUAUGUUUUCCCGCUGGUCGUCCGGUGGUAUGCACCGGCUCCAUGGCCAGCCCAAGUCGUCCUCCAGGAUCACCGGAUUUCUCUUCGCAGAUCAGCCCCAUAUGCAUCGGGAGGGAGGAAGGGGCGUCAUGUCGUACAAAGAUAUCAGUGGCGGGCAAAUAGUAGAGCAGGGAGAGCAUCGAUAGGCCCAUGAUCUGGAGUACGGGAGCCGUAGAGCAAGGCCAAGCGGCGACGGGACCGCCGACAAAGUAUAGAGUGAGCUGAGU